AGCAACAUAAUAUAUCGCGAUGAGUAAGAGAAGUCGUAGCGGUUCCCUUGAUGACACAGACAGCGAGGCAAAGAAGAUCAAAACUAACACGAAAUAUGUAGAAGAAAAUCUGAAACGUUCAUUUAAAGAGGAAAAAGAAAAAAGCAGCGGAAACGAAAGUAAAAUAGAUGAAAACAAUAUAAAGGAAACUUUCAAAAACGUUGAACUCCUAACACCACAAACUACUAUUAACGGAAACGGAAACCGAAACAAAUCUGUUGGAGAAGAAGCAUCAAAGUCUCAAAAGCGCAAAAAAUCUUUGAUCGAUGGUCGCGAGUUACUGAAAAAGGAAAACGAUAGUAAAGAAGAAAUCACCGAAAAAGAAAAUACAGAAGUUGAAAACAACAUUAGAGAAACAUUUAAGAAUAUCGAGAAACAGGAUACUGAAAAUGGGAAUGGAAGUCGAAGGGGAUCUCUUGGAGGAGAUAAGACUCAAAAGCGGAAAAAAUCGUUGACGGAUGGAAAGCUCAAAAGGAAACUCAGCGGCAGUGGACCAAGCAGAAAAAGAAUUUGUGUGACCAGAAACCAGUGCGUCUGCGGUCCGAACGGGGCAGAGCCGGCCAAAUCGCAACUUGUCGAGGACCAUGAAGCUCACAUGCUGGUUGCAGAAUGGAGAUUGCACAAAUUUCAGUCUCCCAUUGAGCUGAGCCAUGAAGAGAGCAUCACCCAUGACCAUUUCGAUCCGCUUGAGUUUCACGGCCAUUGGGAUAACGACGGAGUAGCUACCUUUACAAACACUGGAAAAACUGUUGUUCUACGAUUUUCUGAGAGAGCUACUCCAUACCUCGUGGGAGGACCUCUACAUAAGGAUACUUACUGUUUUGAACAAUUACAUUUUCACUGGAGUGAUGAUGAUUCAGGCGGUUGCGAACAUAUUUUCGAGGGAAGAGCUUACUCAAUGGAAGCUCACGCUGUGCAUUAUAAUCUGAAAUACGGAAGCUUUAAAGACGCAGUUGACAAGCCGGAUGGAUUGGCAGUUAUUGGAUUUUUCUUGGAAGCGACGGACAAUGAAGACAAUCCGUGUUUCAGUGAAAUGGUCAAAGGAGUACAAAACGUAAUUAAAAUCAACACCACCACAAAUAUAGCGCCAGAUUGCCUGAACUGGAUUAAAGAGGAGGCUCAGUGCAAAGGCUACUACACUUACCAAGGCUCUUUGACUACCGAACCGUAUCUGGAAAGCGUCACAUGGAUUUUAUACCCCACCCCAAUCCACGUAUCACGACAACAGGUUGCUUACUUCAGGGAACUAAAAUCAACCGCAUGCGAGAAAAUCAACAUCGUCAACAACGUCAGACCGAUCCAGAGCCCUCCAGCCGACAAGAAAAUCAACGUUAUCUUCGCCAGAUCGCACAAGCAAAGCGAGUAGAAACCUAACGCUCCAUCUCUUAGACUAAACUCAUGCCAUUAAACCUGGGUCAGGGAAUCAUCAUAUACUUACAUUUCCACAAAUCCUUUCAAAAUAAAAAAUCAUUCGAUGUAUGUAGCGCCGGUAACGCCACAAGUUAAGACAUCGAUGAUGAAAAGAUGAAACGUCGAAACGCCCUAUUGCGUAUUGCCAUACCUCAUCAAAAUUACAAGUGCCUAUGUAAAAUAUCACUGAAUUUGGUGUACCUGCCAUAGAAUUUUCUAUCUUGUAUAAAUCGAUAGUUUUUAUACGUACCUAUGUACAUUAUAUCCGUUUUAGUGUUCUUUUAAUAAAAAUUAAUACCAAAAUAUUCUUCAAACAUAGAUUGGUGAAUAUACAUGUGAUGUUUUUUUACAAAUUCAUAUCGUGUUUAUUAGUCUAAAAAUGUAUUGUUUUCUGUUAUAUAAAAUGUGAUUUUGUAGAAUGUUUUGGUGCUAGCAACUUUA